CCAGGCUCUGACAGAUCAGCCCUGCCCAGAACGCAGACACAGCAAGGUGGAUUCCGCCAAGCGUCUACUGAGGGGUUGCAGGAAUGACGGAUAAUAUUCCCCUACAACCAGUGAGACAUAAAAAAAGACACGACAAUAAAAACAGGAAUGGGUGCUGCCCGUGGUCGAGAUGUUGUGGCAUGGGGGACUUUAGUCCCCGUACUGUGUGGCUGGGCCAUCCCGAGAAGCGUGAGCAAAGGUAUCCACGAAACGUCAUCAACAACCAGAAGUACAACUUCUUCACCUUCCUGCCUGGGGUGCUGUUUAAUCAAUUCAAGUACUUCUUCAACCUUUAUUUCCUGCUCCUGGCCUGCUCUCAGUUUAUUAAUGAGUUAAGACUAGGUGCACUCUAUACCUACUGGGUGCCCUUGGGGUUUGUAUUAAUCGUUACCAUCAUGAGAGAAGCAGUUGAGGAGAUAAGAUGUUUUAUUCGAGACAAAGAAGUGAACUCUCAGAUAUACAGCAAGCUCUCAACAAGAGGCACAGUAAAGGUGAAAAGCAGUGGUAUUCAAGUGGGUGAUCUUAUAAUCGUGGAGAAGAACCAACGCGUUCCUGCUGACAUGAUCUUUUUAAGGACUUCUGAGAGAAAUGGCUCGUGUUUCCUGCGUACAGACCAGCUGGACGGAGAGACAGACUGGAAACUGCGCCUCCCAGUGGCAUGUACCCAGAGACUGCCCACCGCUGCUGACCUGCUCCAGAUCAGGUCCUAUGUGUAUGCAGAGGAACCAAACAUUGACAUCCACAACUUUAUUGGCACUUUUACAAGGGAGGAUGGAGACCCGCCGGUCAAUGAGAGCCUCAGUAUUGAGAACACCCUGUGGGCCAGCACUGUCAUCGCCUCUGGCACUGUUGUGGGCCUGGUGGUUUACACUGGCAAGGAACUGCGAAGUGUGAUGAACACUUCCAACCCACGACACAAGGUGGGUUUGAUCGACCUGGAAGUGAACUGUUUGACCAAGAUCCUGUUUGUGGCCCUGGUGGUGGUGUCUCUGGUCAUGGUGGCCCUGCAGCACUUUGCCGGACGCUGGUACCUCCAGAUCUUCCGCUUCCUGCUGCUCUUCUCCAACAUCGUUCCCAUCAGUUUGUGUGUGAACCUGGACAUGGGGAAGAUGGUGUUCAGCUGGAUGAUCAGGAAGGACUCUAAGAUCCCUGGCACGGUGGUGAGAGCCAGCACCAUCCCAGAGCAGCUCGGACGCAUCUCCUACCUGCUGACUGACAAGACAGGGACUCUGACCCAGAAUGAAAUGGUGUUCAGACGCCUCCAUCUUGGAACGGUAGCCUAUGGGAUGGACUCCAUGGAUGAGGUGCAGAGUCAUGUCUUCAGCGCAUACACACAGCCCUCCCACGACCUCCCGGCCUCCAGGGCUCCGGCCGCCACCAAGGUGAGGAAGACCAUCAGCAGCCGCGUGCACGAGGCUGUGAAGGCCAUCGCCCUGGUGCACAACGUGACCCCCGUGUACGAGGCCAACGGCGUGACGGACCAGGCGGAGGCCGAGCAGCACUACGAGGACACCUGCAGGGUGUACCAGGCGGCCAGCCCGGACGAGGUGUCGCUGGUGCAGUGGACAGAGAGUGUUGGACUGACACUGGUGGGAAGAGACCAGUCCUCCAUGCAGCUGAGGACUCCUAGUGGACAAAUCCUGAACUUCACCAUCCUGCAGAUAUUCCCCUUCACCUACGAAAGCAAGAGAAUGGGCAUCAUCGUUCGAGAUGAGUCCACUGGAGAGAUCACGUUUUACAUGAAAGGUGCUGACGUGGUGAUGGCAGGCAUCGUGCAGUACAACGAUUGGCUGGAGGAAGAGUGUGGAAACAUGGCCAGGGAAGGCCUGAGGGUCCUGGUGGUCUCCAAGAAGUCCCUGACCGAGGAGCAGUACCAGGACUUUGAGGCCCGGUACGUCCAGGCCAAGCUGAGUGUCCACGACCGCUCCCUGAAGGUAGCCACGGUGAUUGAGAGUCUGGAGAUGGAGAUGGAGCUGCUGUGUCUGACCGGGGUGGAGGAUCAGCUGCAGGCCGACGUCAGGCCCACCCUGGAGAUCCUCCGCAACGCUGGCAUCAAGGUGUGGAUGCUGACCGGAGACAAGAUGGAGACGGCCACAUGCACUGCCAAGAACGCCCACCUGGUGACACGCAACCAGGACAUCCACAUCUUCAGACCUGUGACAACACGAGGAGAGGCCCACCUUGAGCUCAACGCCUUCAGAAGGAAACACGACUGUGCAUUGGUGAUAUCAGGAGACUCUCUAGAGGUGUGUCUGAAGUUCUAUGAGUACGAGUUCAUGGAGCUGGCGUGUCAGUGUCCUGCUGUGGUGUGCUGCCGCUGUGCUCCCACGCAGAAGGCUCAGAUCGUCCGCCUGCUGCAGGAGCGCACGGGAAAACUCACCUGUGCCGUCGGGGACGGAGGAAACGAUGUCAGCAUGAUCCAGGAAGCGGACUGUGGCGUGGGAGUGGAGGGCAAAGAAGGGAAGCAGGCGUCGUUGGCUGCCGACUUUUCAGUGACUCAGUUCAAGCACUUAGGCAGGCUGCUCAUGGUCCAUGGGAGGAACAGCUACAAGAGGUCUGCGGCCCUCAGCCAGUUUGUCAUCCACCGGAGCCUGUGCAUCAGUACCAUGCAGGUUGUCUUCUCAUCGGUCUUCUAUUUUGCCUCGGUCCCCCUCUAUCAAGGAUUCCUCAUUAUUGGAUACUCCACCAUCUACACCAUGUUCCCUGUGUUCUCCCUGGUGCUUGAUAAAGAUGUCAAGUCGGAGGUUGCUAUGCUGUACCCAGAGUUAUACAAGGAUCUCCUGAAGGGUCGACCACUCUCCUUGAAGACGUUUCUGAUAUGGGUCCUAAUAAGUAUCUACCAAGGCAGCAUCAUCAUGUACGGGGCCCUGUUGCUGUUUGAGUCGGAGUUUGUCCACAUCGUGGCCAUCUCGUUCACCUCGCUCAUCCUGACAGAGCUGCUCAUGGUGGCCCUGACCAUCCAGACCUGGCACUGGCUGAUGAUCGUGGCCGAGCUCCUCAGCCUGGCCUCCUACAUCGCCUCGCUUGUCUUCCUGCACGAGUUCAUCGAUGUGUACUUCAUCACCACGGUGUCGUUCCUGUGGAAAGUGACGGUCAUCACCCUGGUGAGCUGUCUGCCCCUCUACAUCCUCAAGUACCUAAGGAGGCGCUUCUCUCCACCCAACUACUCCAAGCUCACCUCCUAGACCAGCAGCUGUCCUCACACAGUGACAAGAGAGGAGGCCUCCACCGCCGCCAUGCCCCCCAGCCUUGCUUCUGAGCCCAGGCAACUCCUGCUCCCUCGUCCGUCCGUCCCCACCCCCCUCCACUAACAGAGCCUGCACUUUGACCUGAGGACUGAAAUGGUCUCUUCCCUUUUUAAUUUAUUUGCAAAGGUACAUAACUGGAAUGAUCGGGGUAAAAAUGUUUUUUUACAUGAUUUGAAAAGAAAGAAUGUUGUGGUGUGAGGUAGAUAUGUAUUUAAUUUAUCGGGUUUAACAAAAGUCUAAUGACUACUUGUUGAGACUUGUAAUGUUGGCUGUUGGUUGUUGAAUUUGACUUAUCAUUGUUUGGGAAACAGGAGGUCUGUUUUAGUUACCAACAUAAAAAUGUGUGAUCUACAUCAGAGAAAUUUAAAUAGGUGCCAUAAUGGACUAACCCAGGCUCCCCAAUUAUUAAGAAAAAUUUAGUGAAUUUCUUUCUUCUUUUUUUAAGGGUAAUGAAAUGUGACUAGACAACUUGGAUGGCAUUCAGACAUGAUUCAAAUACUGGUAGCAAUUGUAUUUGUUUAUUUGAAAAUAUUCUAUCCUGAAUGAAACACAAAAUUGCUUACAUUGGAAAAACUAAAAUACAUGACAAAAUACAGUGGAUUAAGAAACUAAUAGUUUAAUAUGGUUCAGAACACAGACACAGUAAAAUGUAUAAUGUCUCAUGUGUGAAGCUUCUGGUCUUGGAGAUACCCUCUCAAUUUACACUUUCUUUUCGUGACAGUUGUGAUGGAAGGUUAAUGUUUGACAUGAGGACGUCAGUACUGAUCAGGCACUGCUUAAACGCAAGUCUGUGUGGAAGUGUAAUUUGGUGCUUGUUUGUUUGUGAGUCACUCAGCCACUACUACCCAGUCCGAAGGAGGGAUUGUGGUUGUUUAUUUAGCAUGACCCAAUGCCUCUGACGUUCAAACCAGACUUGUCUUUUGUGUAAUGAUGAUCAGUUGUCUGUGUCUGAAGAGCAUGGUCAAUAUUCACCCUCUAACGGGUAUUUGCUAUUUGUAGCUGAUCCCUUCCACUGGGUCUCCCAACUCAACAAGUGUUUGCCAGGGACUGUGCUCCCUCUCAUGUGGCUCCAUCUGACUUGCCACACUCUAGCAUUGCAUGACUCACUGUAGUAGCGACCUGAAGCCAUAACUGAAAAUACUUUGACCACUGUCCGACUGGACCCACUGUCCCUCAGACGCAAGCCCUCGAGUUCAUACUGCUCUCACCAACCCUAACAGUCAUGUCUGUGGACGAACAAAGAACAAAUCACACACACACACCUCAGCCAAACGGACAGCGAAACUAAACGUGUCUUUGGCAAGUAUUACAGCACAUUAAAAAACAAAUGUCAGCUCCCUCACUCCUUAUUCAUUCGAUAAAUAAAUGGUUCAAUGAUGGGAAUAGUGUAAAUAAUUACAGUGUGUUGAAUUCCUGUUUUCUUUAUUUUUUGCUUAUGUGGACCAUUAUCAAAAUCUCCAUGAUAAAAACUAUUUUUUUUAUCUAAUCAUUUGUGUCCUACAGGGUGCCAUCCAUAUUUAUUAACUGUUUUACCUGCUGACUUUUUGUUUAAGAUUCAUUCAACAAUUCAAACCCUUUAUGCUUUUUGCACAGUUUUGUUUGUAUUAACAACUUUUUUGUUGUGGACUGUUUGUUUUGAUUACACUGUAAUCAUACAGGGAAUACCGUAAUUAAAUAGCUUUUUAAAUAUUGUAACAUGCAUAAUUGUGAAUAACCAGUUUUUAUUUAUUAAUGUUUGCCAUGUAUUGUUAUGUUUGUAUAAUUGCACUCAUAUUAGCACAACAGAAAGGUUGUACUGUGUCGAUUUGAACAUUGGUGGUGAUAAUAAAAUCUCAUGUUUUCA